CAGCCCUGCCCCUGCGGGAAGGGGAUACCGUCCUCCUGGCGGGAGGUCAGUUCCUUUACUGUAGUGUGUUGGGGAGGGAGGCGCCAUCCCAUAACCAUCGUUGGAGGUUUUGCAACCAGAUGAGUGAACCCUUCGGGGCUGAAGGCUGAGCAGCGCGCGCGCAGGGCCAGGGCGCUGCUCACCCAUCAGGGCUUCUUGCACCUCGUCCUGGGCCUGGGCCCUUUACCAGGCUUUGGGGCUGCCUACUGACGUAGCUCAACAGGCCCAGGCAGCUGCUGCCUGAGCCACCCAUGGGUGUCCCAGCCGCCUGGGGAGAGACGGCCACAUUCCAGGCUCCGGGCUGGCAGGGAGGCUUGGCAGUGAGUUCCGACAGGAGGGCAGCCUGCGCUUGGGCAGGCCAGCGCUGAGGGUUUUCUCCCCACCCCGGGAGGCCCCAGGCUGGAGAGAUGGAAGAACAGGUGUUCAAGGGGGACCCAGAUACCCCUCAUUCCAUCUCCUUCUCGGGAAGUGGAUUCCUCUCCUUCUACCAGGCUGGGGCGGUGGAUGCCUUUCGGGACCUGGCCCCCCGGAUGCUGGAAACGGCCCAUCGCUUUGCUGGGACGUCGGCAGGUGCGGUGAUUGCAGCCUUGGCCAUCUGUGGGAUUGAAAUGGAUGAGUACCUCCGAGUCCUCAAUGUGGGUGUGGCCGAGGUGAAGAAAUCCUUCUUGGGGCCCUUGUCCCCGUCCUGUAAGCUGGUGCAGAUGAUGAGGCAGUUUCUGUACCGGGUCCUGCCUGAGGACUCCUACAAGGUCGCCACGGGGAAGCUCCACGUGAGCCUCACCCGGUUCACGGAUGGAGAGAGUGUUGUGGUUUCAGAAUAUACAUCCAAGGAAGAGCUCAUCGAGGCCCUGUACUGCAGCUGCUUUGUCCCUGUGUACUGCGGCCUCAUUCCUCCAACUUACCGUGGCGUGCGGUACAUCGACGGGGGCUUCUCGGGCAUGCAGCCCUGCUCCUUCUGGACAGACUCCAUCACCAUCUCCACCUUCAGUGGUCAGCAGGACAUCUGUCCGCGGGACUGCCCCGCCAUCUUCUGUGACUUCCGCAUGUUCAACUGCUCUUUCCAGUUCUCCCUGGAGAACAUCGCCAGGAUGACCCAUGCCCUGUUCCCCCCAGACCUGGUGAUCCUGCACAAUUAUUACUACCGAGGGUAUGAAGAUGCCGUUUCGUACUUGAGGCGGCUGAACCCUGGCAACCACCAUUCUAUUUCUAUGAGUUUGAAUACUUUAGGUACCUCAUAUGCUGCUUACCUUAAUUCUCCUUCCAAGAGAGUGAUUUUCCCCUGGGUAGAAGUGUACUGCCAGAUAGAACACGCCCUUGGCAAUGAGUGCCCUGAAAACUGUCAACCAAGCCUCCAAACAGAGCGGGCCAGUCCAGAAGAAUCCAGACAACUUCACACACAAUGGGCUCCCAAAGGGGAAAGAAAAGGUGGCCGUGGUCCACCUCUGUCCCCACCUGUGCAGACAUCUGAAUCCACAUGUGAGUGGCCUGUGGAGUCACCUGUUUCACCACCUGCAUCGCCACUGGCCUCAUCACCAUCAAAAUCUCCAACUGACUUGCCACCUGUAUCAUGCCCAGCUGUGCACUUCCUCCCCAGCUCAACACCUGGGCUGUCACCUGUAUCACCAUCACAGCAGGUACAACUGACUGGAUCACCAUCCGGAUCCCCACCCCCCCAGUCAUCUAUUUCAUCCAGGACGUCCCUGGGGCCUUCCGCUGUGGGGACAUCGCCAACAUUGCCCCAAUGUUCCUCUUCAGCAGCACCUGCACAGCCACCUGUGGAGGAACUGGGCCCAGAACAGCCCCAAGCUCCCUUUGCUUCUUCAAAUUCCAAAAGCACCGUGCCUCUGGCUAAUGUGAAGGAAACCAUGAGCAAGCCUUAUGCAAUGGAGAGAACUGCUGAAGACUCCAAUUGGGUGAGCAAGGUAUUCAAGAAGAACAAACAAAAGACAAGUGACACCAGAAAAGGCUUCCCAAGACAUCCACAAUCUAAAACACCAGGCAGCAAAAUGCAAUCUGCUCCCUGCCCGCUCGACUUCUCUCUGCUCUCCACUUCCGAGACAGUUUGGGUCACCUACAGACCUCAUCCCAGCCGGAUCAAGGAAUACAGCUGCCCUGAGGAAACUGUGAGCCGAGAGAGAAAACUUGAGCUGGAACGGGAGAGAACCUGACGGCCGCAAGGCCAAGGCUUCUGCCCGCUGCUCUCAGACGCCCUCCUCUCACCCCAGGCCUUUCGGGGACCUGCGUGCCACCCACUACCGAGCCUGUUGGUGUAGAGGGUCCUGCUUCCCCCAGGCAAGAGCCUUCUUGUCUAAACAUCCUCCCAGCUUCCCUGCAGUCCUUCCCCUACUCUGCUCUGGACAGACAGAUGGACGUCAGCGCAGACGGGCACUGAAGAGCGAGCAGCACAGCUUCCUCCCAGCUGGCCGGGCUCCGGGCCUUCCUCCCAACCUAGCCUGAGUUCACUUCUUCAAGAUGCUAGUCCCCCAGCAUCUCAUCCACAGGGCAGAACUGUUGGGGGUCAGGCAGAGCUGAGCCAUGGACACUCUUUCCUGUUUCCUGUGGUGUCAAGAGACCACAUCUUCUUCUGUUGCUUGUUUUUUGUUCACACAGCACACAAAAGGCUUGACUUGGAACCAGUGGGCUCCACUUCAGCCACUCAUGGAAGUCCCCAGGUGCGGCUCACCUGGCAUGCAGCCUUUACAAGCUCCCGAGGGAUUAUGUGGUGCAGCUGGGUGGAGUGGGCAGCCCUGGCCUUCACGGAGUCCUCCCAUGGUUGUAGAGGAAACGGGAAGCUUUAUGUCCCCUUCCCUCCCCUUUCCCAGCCCAAAUGAGGGCAGACUAUGUCGGCUCUUCACACCCAAGUGAAAAUGGUCCACAAGAAAGACAUCUUUAACCUCAAUUUUUCCAGCCUGUCCAGAAAAGAAAAAAAAAAAAAAAAACUCACUGCUUCCCAGAGUGUGGAUAACCUCUAGCUCCAGCUGAACCCAGUAAGGAAGCCUGGGCUGCCCACAGGCCUCAGAUGCAUUUGCUUAACAAAUCCUAGAAUGCAAACCCCGGCGGACUGGGUGGAAGACAGCCCUGAACUGUGGCCCUUGAGAAGGACACAUGCAAAUUUAACCCAUGGUGGGUGGGAGGCUAUGGCACAGAGGCCUGGGUGGAAGCUACAUUUAACAGGACCAUGUCAGGGAACAAGAGUCCACACAAGCCCCCUUCAGAUGGUUCUACCUGGAGGAACCUAAGUGUACCUUUGAGAAGCCUGAGAAGAAUCAAAUCUCAGGUGUUCUUGUACCCUCUGCCUUCUCCCAUUCUGCGGCCCAGACCAGUCAAGGGAAGCACCCGUGAGUUACGUGGAACAGCCCUGCUGGCUGCAGUCCUUUUCCCCUGGAAGGUCUUGCUGUUUGCAGGUGACUAUGUGCCCAGAGGCCCUGAGACAUGUGAGCCAGGGGAGGGAGGAUUUCAAUCUUGUACAACUCAGGAACACUUAUUCCCUGGUGUGCAAGGGAGGAUUGAAUAUAAUGUUAACUAUUGUUUUAACUCAAAGCCUGUAUUUAGGCCCCAGAUGCUCUGAGGUAAUUAGAGAAUUGUUCUUGCAUUAGUUCCAGGGUUGCCAGAAAAAAUACAGGAUACCCUGUUAAAUUUGAAUUUUAGAUAAACAGCGAAUGGUUACCUAGUGUAAGUGUGCCCCCAGCACUGCAAUUAUUUGUUGUAUAUCUGAAAUUCAAAUUUAACUGGGCCACCCAUAUUUUUCUUUGCUGAAUUUGGCAACCCUAAUAGUUCCUUUCUCCUUUUUAUGCCUUAAAAACAACAACAAUAACAACAACAACGACACUAAUGGGUUGUUUUUUGAUGUGCCAGUCACUGUGCUUUGAAAUCAGGAGGUGUCCCUGAGGCCAGAACACUUCCUGGUCUUCCAAACAAGCAUAUGUGAAUGACACCUACAGUGCAGCCAACUGAAUAAAUUUUGUGUUAAACAUA